AUGUCGACGUCAUCCGGAAGAUCACGAAGAAGAGCCUCGCUGGCCUCGAUCACUAAUUUCGAACAUUUGGCGUAAGUUUGUAUUGUUACGUAACGCGUAACCUUAGAGUGUUCUGGAUUCUCAUUUGAAUGUGGAUACAUGAGGUAAAUAUUUCGUUAAGUUUACUCGUUUCGAAUAUAAAAUGUCAUUCCAUCCACUUUUCACAGCCAGGUUCUAGAAUUUUUAAAAGAAAAUAAUAUUUUAAAAGAAGUUCCAUCUUCAGAUCAGUGGAAAAGGCGGGUUGGCUGAACAAAUGGACGAAUUACCUGAAGGGAUACCGACAGCGAUGGUUCGUGCUCGACUCGAACGGCACACUCAGCUAUUACAGGUUUGUGUCUUAGACUUGGAAGUCGUUUCGGUUUCGUAGUUUAUUCGUAUGAUUCACUGAUAACUCCAUCGUCUGAUAUCACUUUGAUAUUCUCAUCCUCCAAACUCUGCUUCAUUUUCGGUCAACUCAGUUGUGUUUGUGAACAACGAACUCGUAAAAAUGAGUCAUUUCUCUCUCGCAAAAACCCGCCGACUAUUUGACAUUCUUCUCGCACUACGAGUUCAGUUCGCUCGAGAAAAAGCGUACUUUUGUAGUCUCUCUAGUCUAUUUCUUUGCCUCUCUAUUUCUCCUUGCUUUGCUCUGCUACACACCAGAGCACUCACGGACGGUGCGCGUCGAACCUUUCCAGCAGGUGUCACACAAAAUGUGACAACGUCAAUGCUUUAUAAUCAUGUUCUAAGUUUCACUGAAACUGCUGGACACUCUGAACGUUGGUUUUCAACUGAAGAAGAAGACUGUAAGGGGUUAUAGUACUGUAAAUUUAGAAGUUUACAGUCAUUAUCUGGAGACUACUCCACAGUAGUUUUGUAAUUUCACAUCAUCCUCCUCUUCUUUCUUCCCCGUAGCGCCUCCAGAAUACACGGCCCGAACCAGUUUCCCAUCACCAUCUUUUUCUAUCCAAUAUUUGUGCGUAUACGUUUGUACUAUGUCUUUCCAUGAUAUUUUUAUUUGAUUUCCACCCUCCCAGCCACCCAUAUGUUUGGAUAAGCCUCUAGUAGAAAAAUGACUGAUUUUUCUUAUCGAUCCCCACGUUUUAAUCCCGUCAUUCUGGGCGGAUCAAAUCGCCGCCAGCGGCUUGCCCUUCUGCGAAACGCAAAACGAAAAACGACUCGUCGUUUGAUUGACGUGGAAUUUUCGAGGAAACUAGUGAAUGAUAAGCGACCGAAAAAGGCUUGUCUCGCGCCUUAUUCCACCCACCGUCAUAUUAUCUAAUUGACGAGGAUGGCAUCAUCGGUGGCGAAUUGGAGAAUCUUCAAGAAGCAUUGUGAAUGUACAACAAGAUCUUUUUGACCGCCCGAGUUACUCACGUGAACAGGGAAAACAGAAAACAGAUUAGUUCUCAGUCCGAUUUAACACAUUUUGCAUUUCAACCGUUCAGUGAUUCUGGAAAUUUUGCAGCGUGAAACGUUGUUCUAGAUGUUAAAACUGUAUAUUUUCGCAACAAUUUCACCUGCGCUUCAAUAUGCUCGUUUUCUAUUCUGAAAUUAAUAAUGUUAACUUAAAAUUCAGAGGAAAUCUAGCGUUAGCUGUAAAAAAAAACGUUUGUGUCAACUUUAAGGCUACUUGUAACUUUUGCCACAACUCGGAAAAAUUCGACUGGAAACUAGAGUCUCUGCUCCCGAAGCCUUCUCUCUGUCCCCGUUCCCGAACUUUCGCCCCCGUAUAUCUGCCCGAUUGAUCUCUCAAAUUCACCUCGAAACGAUCGGAUCUCCGUGUCAGUGUGUUACGCCAUUCCUCCUCUCCUCUCCUUCCUUUCUCUUUUUCCUCUCCUCUGAUUCUGUUUCCUCACUCCAGAAUGUUCCAAAGGCCAAAAUGAUGCCGAAUCAUUGCGAAAUGUUAGCUGAAAUGCAAGAAUCCAUCAAUUUAUCGGAACAAGACAUGAAGAUUGAUAGUCGAUCAAAAAGGGGAGAAACUGAGAAAAAGAGAAGCGAGGCGUCGAAGAUAAGAGGAAAAGGAGGAGGAGGCGAGGAAGGCGAUAACGAUCCUCGUCGGCCACUCCUCACCACUCCCCGAUUCUCCACUGCCUCCUCCUAUACCUCGCUUCCCUCGUUGACUUUGACUCCGUCAGCUUCUGCUUCGGCUUCAACUUCAUCUCCUACCGUAAUCACCGAAAAGCCCCACCGCAUUCACCGUCGAAUCAUGGGCACACUGCGUGGGCGGCUCCGUCAGGCCCGCAAGCAGAUCUCCUGGUGUGCUUUCCCGGUCGGAAGACGUGCCCGACGCGGAAAAGUCAACAGCGAGCACGACGACGCCGGAAGUGUUUAUGAAUCGGCGUGUGGCGAUUCUGUGCAGCAAUAUGUGUAUGUGGACGAUGAUCGGAUAUCAGAAGAGGGCACUGAAAGGUAGAAACGAACCGGCUUCCACUUUCUAGAUCAGUUUUAUGUCAAAAAUGCUGAAUGUUUUAUAGAAAUCCCAGUGAAGUUGGUCAUACGUGUCGUGGAAGUGUCAAUUUGCAGGAAGCACGCAUUCUCUCUGAUAAGGUGAGCGAACCUUCGUGGCUCCCGGCGCAAAACGCCCGUUUCCAGGCAACCUCCUCGAUUGUGAUAUCGGGCCAAUCGCAGACGUUUCACGUGAAACCGCAAAAUGAAAUGGAACGACAGCAGUGGAUAAACUCGCUCGAAUACAUGCGGCACAAGGCGAUCACACGGGCGGAGAGCGGUGAGUUUUGUUGGAAAUGGGAGGGGGCAUUUUACUGCAAUCGCGCUGUGUUGGGUAACUCUUUGCAGUGAAAUGAUCUUGGGCCGAAUUUGAAGAAAAAUGAAAAGCUCGGCCAGAUUAGGAACAGAGCGCGAUUGCAGAUAAAUUACCCCAUAAUAGGGCUCAUAGAAGUUUCAGUAGAGUCCGUUUGCAUUUUGAUUAGCUCCGCGACCCCGUAUGCAGAAACGCUCUAUUCCGAAAUUUUGACUUUGCAGAAGAAGACGAAGAUGCACAACUGGCAAGCGCCGACUCGAAUCGCUCCGACGCUCUCGUUCUUUCGCAACGUGAAAUAUCCGGGAAAUUGUGCGAUCUGAGAACUGCCGCGAAUAUGAUGCGUGAGUGAAAAAUGCGAAAUUUUUCGUGAAGCACACCAGAAUUUCAGACAAACAAGGCGACGAACUGCUGCGGGCACUCAACGGAACCGUCGAAACGGAUAAGAAUGCAUUGGCGGAACGCGCGGACCUUUUGAAAGUGAAUACUUAUAUUUUCCGGUGUGAUUCAGAACGGAAUGUUGCAGAUGACAACCGCGGCAGUGCUCCAGGCCGCCGAAGAGUUUGUGGAGCUCUCGGAGCAAUCGGCCAAACGGCUCAACAAAAUUGUGGCGGUUGAGCAGAAGGAGAAGGCAAUGCUGCAGGUACUGGGAAAGGGCAGAAGAAUUGGCUUCUUUUUUUGUUUUGUUAUUCACUGUCGUCAAGGGUUACUGGCUUCUCGCUGAGUGCCUUUUUACACUUACUUCCCAUCCAUUCAUGCAAUAAAAACACGUUCUUUGAUAAAUUUCUUCUCAGGAACAACUCGAAGCCCUCGCCAAGCAGCACUCUUCCCUCGAACGGGCGGCCACUUUGUGCUCGACCGGAGCGCCGCUCUCCGUCUACAGCGACCAGGAGGACGAGUUUCACGACGCCGAAGAAAAUCUUAUGUUAGUUUCUAAAAAUAUUAAAAAGAUGUUACUUCUGUUUGACUGUCUGCGUCUCUUCCACUCACCCACUAUCUCUCUCUCUCUCUCUAUUUCGUUGGCAUAUUUCUUGCAAAGUUGUGUCCGGCUGGCGAACGGACGCGAAAAAGAGGGAAAAGAUAGCGGCCACUAGUGGAUACAUUCACUUUCCGUUUCGGCGCCAUUCUCUCGCUCUCUUUUUCGUUUUUUUUUCGGCGCACUCGCCUCGGUUUCACUGUUUCACUGCCACAAACUGUCAGUUUUCCCGUUUCUGUCUGCGUUUCAACGCGUGCCUUUUUCGGAUGUUCACACCCUCUCAAGCUCCAAAUGGACAAUUAGCAAAGCUUGAACUCGUACUUCUAAACGGUCUGACUAGAUGGAACCGAAAUUGAAAGAUUCAAAAUAACAAAGCCAACAGCUACUUUUAAAAUUUACUCGGUAACAUUGGCAUUAAUUGUUAAUAACAUUGGCAUUAAUUGUUGAACGGCUUGAAAAUAUCGAAAUACCAGUUUAACUGCUGUUUAAUCAUUUCCCCUCUCCCAGUUCUAUCGCUCGGAGACUAAAAAUCCGAAUGUAUGUUCGUUUCGCUGUCUAUCUCUCUUCCACAAUCUCCACACAAUUGUAACAAAAGCGACACCACACACACGAGAAGCCGUCGGACUUUUGAAUACACUUUGGUCAUGCCUUCGCGCAAGGAACUGGUUGUGAGGGUUCCUCUCGUCUUCUUCUUCUCUGGUAACAACGUCCUAAAUACUUACUGAAUGUGUUUGUUAUAUUACAAACGACGCCGACACACAAAAACACUCUGCCACUCGAACUUUAGCCUCCUUCUUUUCUCCUUUGUUUUGCUUUCUCUCACCCUACGUUUUCCCUUUUUGGUCAUUUUGUGUAUGUGUGUGGAGAGAAGGCUAAUCAGAUGGCGUCAAACUGAAAUAGGCAUACCGUCGAUCUUGAAUCUUUGCGGAAAGAUUCGAAUCUCUCUCUCUCUCUCUCUCUCUCUCUCGACGUCCCUCCGCCUCGCUGGAGACGUUUUUCGACUAUAUAUAAGAAGAGAAAACUUGAUUUUGUUGGAAACUAAAAUUGGGUUUGAUUGGCAACCGACUGUUAAACUAAUUCGGUUCUCCCAUCUUCUUUUCUUCUCGAAUGGUCACACUUUUUGUUUAUCAUCAAUUCAAUUCAAUUCACUUUCCGUCCAGUUCCUAUUCGAACCUUUAUUUCCAACUAUUAUCAGUCUUUAGAGAACAUUUUGAGAUUCACAAAGCCGAUGGCACUAGAAAUCUACAGUAUUCUUCAAGAAAUGAAAUGUUCACAUGUUAUUUUUCGUCCCCUUGAACAUAAAAAAAAGCGAAUCUGCGCUCGACCGGAAGUAUAGAAUCACAUGAGUCAGCUCUGUCCGCCUUUUCUCAUUUCCCCCCGCUCUUUUCAAUCCCAUGUUUUGCGUCCGUUCUAUGGGGAACGUUUCCUUCGCUGAAAGUGACGAAUCCAGCUACAUUGUACCACUCUUUUCAAACCGUUUCUCUAUAAAAAGAGCCAUUUCGUCGGCUCAUGGCACUGUUUGCUCAGCUUUCUUCGAAAACUAAACAGUUUGUGGCUCGGCACAGACAGAGAUCGCUCUUCGUUAAAAUUUCAUUUCCCAACGUGAUAUUGACGGAAAUUUAAUUUUACCCCGUAAACCCUUCUCAAAUCCUUAUUUUCAUUUUUACAGAAUGCCCUGCAACUCAUCGACGACGGCUGGAGUGCACGUCUCGCCGAUGGACCGCCUCGACCGCCAUCCGCCCGCAGAUCCGUCCUCAUCGUCGGCGUCCUCGUCGCCGCCCACGCAAACCACAAAAGGAGGUCGGCAACGUCGAAGCACAGUGCCCGAACGGCCGGAUCUUCCCAUCAACCUGUGGUCGAUCAUGAAGAAUUGCAUCGGAAAAGAGCUCUCGAAAAUCCCGAUGCCCGUCAACUUUUCCGAGCCGAUUUCGGUGCUGCAACGUGUCACCGAAGACCUCGAGUACGCUGAUCUGCUCGAGAAGGGCGCCAAACUGUCGACGCUCGAGCAGAUGUGCUACGUGGCGGCGUACGCGGCGAGCAACUACUCAACGACAUGUCAUCGCACGAACAAACCGUUCAAUCCGCUGCUCGGCGAGACGUACGAGUUCGAUCGGAUGGACGAUUUGGGAUGGAGAAGUGUGACGGAACAGGUGUCGCAUCACCCGCCGGCGGCCGCCCAUCAUGCGGAAGGACGCGGUUGGAUCAUGUACCAAGACUUCACAAUGACGUCCCGCUUCCGCGGAAAGUACCUGUCGGUCAUCCCGAUCGGAUUCACGCACGUCGUUUUCCCAUCGACGAACUCUCACUUCUCGUACCGCAAAAUCACCACCACCGUCCACAAUAUCAUAGUCGGUAAGUUGUGGAUCGACAAUCACGGCGACAUGGAGAUCACGAACCACACGACGAACGAGAAGUGCGUGCUCAAGUUCAUUCCGUACUCGUACUUUAGCCGAGAGCAGCCGAGAAAGGUGAGAAUGAGAGUAGGAGCUGAAAACAAUGGACUUAAUUCAGGUGUACGGUAUCGUGCGGGAUUCAGAAGGCGUUCCGAAGUACGUCGUCCAAGGCACAUGGGACAAAUCGAUCGAUAUGCUGAAGGUGUCGAGUUGGAACGGAAAUGCGGAGAAGCCGAAGGUCGAAGUGGACGAGACGACGUUGCGACGCAUCUGGACCGCCCGUCCGUUGCCGUAAGUGGAGAGUAUGAUGAGAGCACGCAAUAUGCACAAUUUUUUCCAGAAAAAACGCCGAGAAAAUGCACAAUUUCACCAAAUUCGCCAUCGAACUGAACGAACCGGAAGCGGGUGUCGCUCCCACAGAUUCCCGUCUCCGACCGGAUCAGAGAAUGAUGGAGAACGGAGAGUGGGAUGGGGCGAACAAGAAGAAACUAGAAAUCGAGGAGAAGCAACGGACGGUCCGACGGCGGCGGGAAGCCCUGAAAGAAGUUGCGAUGAAGAAAGGUGGGUCAUCGAUUGGAGGAGCAGAAAAAUACGUUUUAUUUUCAGGAGAAAAGUACGAAGAGUACCAGCCGACGUGGUUCAAUCGAGUGCAGGACGAGUCGAACGGAGCGCUGAUCCAUCAGUACAAGGGCGGAUAUUGGGAGGCGAAGGAACGCGGCGACUGGUCCGAAUGCCCCGAUAUCUUCUAG